UGCAUAGCAACGGAACGAUCUUCCAUUGUUUCAUGAAUAAAACAAAGCAACACUCUAGGCCAUAUUGGUUUCAGGUUCGUUUGUGCACGGAUGUGAAGUUGUAAGUAUAGGCAAGGUUCUACGAUGGCCGACUUUUGCUUCGCUGUUGAUGCAAACUACUCCGGGGCAGGUCCUAAGCCCAUUCCAAAUUUCCUAUACACACCCUGCCACUGUCCGAUCGGUGACCAUUGCCAUGAGAACACUGAGGACGUCGCUCUAAGGAGAACGAAGCGUUACAAGACAACCCGUCGAAUCCGGUACCUAGCCCGUCCCCGUCGUGUUCGUCAAAAGUUUUUCCAACGGCCGGUAUUAGCGCGACGGCAGGAAACGGAAAUAAUCCGUUCGUAUCAGGAGCCCUAUGCAUCCAGGCGCAUCCAGCAGUUGGCUUUACCUCGUGUACGAAGCCUACUGGUAGUUCGGCAGCAUUACGGCCGUCUUCUGUGUAAGGAGCGGAAGAAGCAACUCAACAAGUGGAUCACAAAAAGUGUGCUAACCAUCUACUCACAGCUAGCCAGUGUUGAGCUACCAGAGCAUCCGGCACCCAAGAUUAUGACGAUGGAAGAUUGGCAAAGGCAUGCACAAUGGUUGACUCGGAAUGCGUGCCACAGGGAACCGCACGCGUCACCGAAGCCACCGAUCAAUCGGAAACCGCUCGCCGAACUACUAGAUCGAGUCGAAAGUCUGUCUGUUCCGAGGUACAGCCGGAAAAAGGUGACCGGAAAGGAACCGAAAAUGCCUGCCGUUAAACCGGCAGCCCUGAAGGCAACUCCAUCGGAGCACGUGCUGAAGCUUGCCGAACCGAUUGCACGGCGUCGUAGGGCCAAGGGGGUAGUGACGGAGGACACUAGCAUUCCUGAGAAUGUACUAAAGGCUCAGGCAAGCGACCGCGUGUUGGAGCUGGCUACUCCGAAACGGUACACCAAGGUGAAUAACGAAUAUCGGGACACUCCCUUUACCGUCGAACCGAAUGCGCUGAAAGCGAAACCCAGCGAACGGGUGUUGGAGCUGGCGAAACCGAAGAAGUUGUCGAAAAAGUAGGCUGCAUCAAGGGUACCUGCGCGAAAGGGAGUUGUCGCGUUGAGCUUGGUUGCUUUGGCAAAGCCAGACUAACUUGUUUAUUGUCGUCCAGUACGGGGGAUGCGGGCAACAGCCGGCGGUAUGUGGCCGUGUCUGUGAAGAGGAGGUUAACCAAAUUAACCAUGGCAUCACGGAUUUUAUUGCGUUCUUUUGUGUCUUUUCGCUGCAGAUUAUUCGAAGACUUGAGUCACUUGUAUUUGCUUUUUCCUAAAACACAGACACUGUAACGUCCUGUUGUUGUUGGAGCAAUCUAUUUGGUUUUCGUUUUAAAUGAACCUAAUACUCGAACCCCCCGGCUUAUAUGUUUGAUGGCAUCAUAUAAUCAAUCGACCGUUUUCUGUCUCCUUUGGUUGGUUCAAUAAAUAGAGUAAUUAAGGGCG